AUGUCGCCACAAGAAUAUUGGGAAUCUCCUGGUGUUGGUUAUGAACUUUCAAAGAAAGCACAUUUUAUAACUAGUUUACAUUUGUUAAAUUCUUGUUCGUUGUUGGCAAAAUUAUCAGAUUUUGUCAAUUUGCAAGAAUUAACACUUCAAUGUAUCUACGAACAAUCAUGCGAAUAUACAGAAUCAUUGACUUCAGCAAAUAUACCUAUACUUCGUGAUCUGGCAAAGCUUAAGUUUAGGUGCAAGCACGAUUAUAAUUUGGAAUAUUUAACAAAUUUAAUUGAUAAUUCUGUUGGAAAAUUACGAAAAAUUACAAUAGAAGGUUCUCGAAUCAAAGAUGCAAGAAGAUGUAAUCUUCUAAUUUACACAAUUGCUAAUAAAUGUCCAAACUUGAAAUCCUGUUCGAUACCAGUUUCACGCACGGAUCCUCAACUUGAUCGUUUACUGGAGGCUUGCGAACAUUUAAAAGAUUUAAAACUUUGUGCUGUUCCUGACACCUUGAAUGAUGAUAAUAGCGAUAUUCUAUUAUAUCAAUUACUUAGUCAUACGCCUACUAGAUUACGCAGAUUAGACUUUGUUGAUUGGAAAUUUUCAAUAUAUUCUUGGGAAUUCUUUCUAAAAACACAAUCAAAGACUUUACUACAACGUAUAUGCUAUUAUUGGAAUGAAAAUUCUAAGAUUGCAAAUCCAUCUGAAGAAUUUCUUAAGGUUUGCCAACAAAAGAAGAAGGACGGAUUAUUGGCGACUUAUAAAGGCAUCGAUUC